GCACAAAGCAUAUAAAGUCAAUAAGCUUUGACAUUUCAAGAAUACUACAUAUUUCUUCUCUUGAUAAGAAAAUUAGCGUUAAAAUAUUAAUUCACUGCGAGGAUAAUACUUCACCUUAUUCCCUGUGGUACGUCAUUUAUCGGCACAGUACAAAGCAACGAAGAACAGACGUCUCAAUCGAGUUAUUUAGGGACGUGGUAAAUUGCAUGUGUUGGACAGAGAGAACAAAUUGGCGUUUACAUAACCGCUGUGUAUUUGAAUGAGGGUCAAUAGAGGCUGUUGAAGACUUUAAAGACAAGUUACUGAGAGAUACUUGAUCAAAAUGACUGCUUUCUUACCUCCAAACUUGCUGGCUCUUUUUGCUGCCAGGGAUCCUGUCCCAUACUUACCACCGGCGGACAAAUUGGGUUUCGAAAAGAAGAGGUUAAGUUAUGGUGGAGUUGCACAGUUUCUAAAUGAGUUUGAGGACCCUAAAGACACACCCCCUCCAACAAGAGUGGAAACAAAGGAUGAAAGAAAAGAAAGAAAAAGAAAAGAAAGAGCAGAACAGAUUGCCUACAAACUGGAACAAGACCUGGCUUUGUGGGAUCCAAACAAUAAUACAAAUGGUACAAGAGAUCCUUACAAGACAUUAUUUAUAGCUAGAAUAAACUUUGACACCAGUGAAUCCAAAUUAAGAAGAGAAUUUGAAGUGUAUGGACCUGUUAGAAAGAUUUCCCUAUUAUUUGACAACGUAUCACAGAAACCAAGAGGAUAUGCCUUUAUUGAGUAUGAGCAUGAAAGGGAUAUGCAUGCGGCCUACAAGCAUGCUGAUGGUAAAAAGAUAGAUGGUAGACGUGUUUUGGUCGAUGUCGAGCGAGGGCGUACUGUUAAAGGCUGGAGACCUAGACGACUUGGUGGUGGAUUAGGUGGUACCAGGAAGGGUGGACCAGAUGAAAAUACCAGGUUUUCUGGAAGGGAUGACUUCAGGUCAGACAGGGAGAGAGGAAGGGAUGAAUCUCCACGUAGAGAAGGAGAGCGAGAACGAGGUCCAGUUCCAGAACGAGGUGGUGGAGAAAGAAAUCUAGAUAGAGGUGCAGAUAGAGGUGGUGGUGGUGACAGGAGACGUAGGAGUCGGAGUAGAGACAGGAAGAGGAGUAGAAGCAGAGAAAGGCCAAGGAGUAGGAGUAAAGAUAGGGAUGAGGACAGGAAAAGAAGUAGAAGAAGCAGAUCUAGGGAAAGAGGAGGAGAAACUAGGGAUAGAGGAGGGGAUAGAGGUGGAGAUAGAGAUCGUAAGAGGAGUAGAUCAAGAGAACGUAAAAGGACCCGAAGAAGUAGGUCAAGAGAUCGUAGUAGGAGGUCAAGGUCAAGAGAAAGGAAGCCAGAAGAAGGAGAGGAUGCACCACAGGAAGAUUAUGAGGACGUUCAGGUCAAACAGGAAAAAUUUGAUCCAGGCUACGAUCAGUAUGCUAAUGAACAAAAUGGUGGAUUCCAGGGAAAUAUUGAAGACUAUUAGAUUAUCAACCAUGGAUUCCAAAUUAUCUAUUAGAAAGAUUGGAUUUUUAAAAUUGGUCACUUGGUGGUCAUUUUUUUUUUAAACAAUAUUGUGAUAUCUAGUAGUCACUUACUGUCACUUAAACAUGAUUAUCUAACUGACAAAUUUUGUAAAGGUAUUGAUUUCAAAACUUUGAAGUUAUUUAUUAAAACUGUAAUUACAUGAAGUGUAUAUUUAAGAAGUUAUUUGUAUACAAAAUGUUUCAAAAAUUGGAUGUGGAAAAUGUUAAUAUUGAUACUUUCACAAAAUUUCAAUAGUUUUUCCAUAGUUAUAAAUGUUGUAAAUUUGUGUAAUACCAAAUUUAUAAUUUUAAAGUUUUUAAAGUGCUUCAUCAUAUUUUUUUCAUUUGGAAGACAAUGCUACAUAGUUGUAUCAUAACAGUACAUUAUUCCCUCAUUCAUCUUUUCUGCCAUUGUCUAUUUAUAGGUUGACCAAUUCAUAUGCAUUUCUGAAAAUGAAAGAUCUGAACAAUUCUCUAAUGUAAAAUUACCAUUUAUGAAUGAACUAACUUCUACUCUUUUAGAGUAUACCAUUUCUAGUUAAAAAUCAAAAUAUGAAGUCUCAUCUUUAAUAUUUUAAGGUUUGGAAAUUGGCUAAUAAGUAUGAAUUCAAAAGUUUCAAUUUUAAUGUCAUUGUCAGAAUGAAAAAAAACUUAAUUUAUUUUGGCCUUAGAUGUGUAUAUUAAUAGAAAAAUUAAGUUAAUUUGUGUCAUCAUUAUAUAUAUGUAUUUUAUGAUUUUAGAACUGUACAGUUUUUAUUUUUUACAUCUGAAGGUUCUCCUGUAUAAGUCAAUCAGAGUUACUUCCCUUCACCAAUCAUCCAUUUGUCAUCAUGCUACACUUUUUGUGUUCGAUUUAACUCCUCAGAAUUAUGUUGAUUGUCAUAGUGAGGAUUUGUUGUCAAUAAACUAAUUAAAUCAUUA